UUGCUCGUUUAGCUGAGCACAACCCAUCAGCUCAAGGUAGACUCAAGCAUAGAGAUAUAAUGUGUCAGGAUUGUGUUACCAGGAAGUGGGUUGAGUUAUUUAUAUUUCAGCGCUUGUCCUCUCAGACCCAAGAGAGAACUAGUGGUGGUAACCUGAAACUACGUAUGUAUUUAAGCAUCGUCUGGUUCUCAUGGUACUGAGCUGAGAGAAAAGUAGAACUGAGUGUUUAGGCACGAGAAGCAGGGGGAAAUAUCUGUUAGUCUAAAUAAUGUAAUGACUGUGAGAGUGCAGCCGCCCUGUGACGCAUUCAGCAUUGUCUGAGGUGUUGGGAUGAAGCUCCAUAAGAAGGUUCUGACUCAUUACCUGUCGUGCACUUCUCCAGUUGAUAAGGAGGGCUACCUCUUCAAAAGGAAAGAGCGAAAUGGGACCUACCAGCGGCGGUGGUUCGUCCUGAAAGCCAACCUGCUUUUCUACCAGGAGCGACCGGCCGACCGAAACCUGCUGGGCGUCAUUGUUCUGGAGGGGUGUGCAGUGAGACGUUCAGAGUCUGAUGGACAGUUUGGCUUCUCUCUGGUCUUUGAAGCUCCUGGACUGAAAACCUAUAGGUUUGCCGCGACAGAUCAUCAGACUCAGGAGCGCUGGGUGAAGGCCCUGCUCUCAGCCAGCCACUGUUACAUGUCCCUGCUGGUGAGAGACCUGGGCAGACAGUACGAAGAAGCUAAACAGCAGCGUGGCAGCUCGUCUGUCAGUGCCCUCACACCUCCUACAAGCAGCUUCCUCCUUUCUGUGCAGCAGCCUGCAGCGGUGGUCAGGGAGGUGAGAAGCUUCAGCGCCAGCAGCGUCUUACAGGCGUCAUCGGCACCCAGCCGAGUGGCAGCGAGAAAGUCCCCGAAACUGUGGCACCGGAGAAACGCUCACGUCACGCCACUCAACGGACCCGCGCCUCCGAACGGGGAAUGGCCGCUGGUGGAUUUCAAUCCACUCGAGGACUUCAGCAAACUUCACGAUUAUUACGGCCAGGAAGUGAAGAAGGCGAGGGAGGACUGGCUGAGGAGCCAGCAGGCGAAGGAGGAUGACGACCUCAUUGACCUUGGUUGAGUCAAAGCCCUGAGAUGGAGGAAGUGAGACGGAGUGAUUCGUGUGUGUCAAACAGGAACUGAACCGGCAGUGUUUCGAGUCGUACUGUACCUACAGCCGCGCCCAGGCUUCUGUAAAUGUGCUAAAUGCCCCCUUUUACCUGGUUACAAGGUUUCUCAUUCUCAGUAAUCAGCGUUUUGCCUGAUGAUGGCCUCACCGUGUCCAAGGCACCGAGACAGAGGCAGGCGUGUGGCUGUUCUGGUUUUUCUAAUAAUACUGAACCUGUCACAGUCCACCUUUUAUAAACCACGUGUGACAAUGAGCCACUGUGAAACCAAAGCAGCUUGAUGUAACAGAGCCACCGCUGAUUCUUCAAUUCACACCUGUGUUUCACCACAACAUCUCAAAAUGUCUUCCACAAAAUGUCUAUUAAUGCAUCAGAAGUGGUAAGUACUGAAAUUCAUUCAUUCAUUCAUUCAUUCAUUCAUUCAUUCAUUCAUUCAUUCAUUCAUUCAUUCAUUCAUUCAUUCAUUCAUUCAUUCAUUCAUUCAUUCAUCCUUUUAUCCACUGAUGUAUUAUAUUUAUUUUGAGAAAUUGCUGGAUUUGCUUAUGUCCUGCUGAAAAACGAAUAUGAUACAAAUGCAGUAAUUCAUAAAUGCGCAGUAUUAAAUAAAUAUUUACAAAUGU